AUGCUAACUUGCUCUCCUCUCACCUCCUCCCUUUCACUUCCUCUCUCUCUCUUUCUCUCUCACACACACGCCCUCUUUUCAGUCUCGCAUACUCUCGCCAUUCAGUCUCGCACAAUCCCUCUUUUUGUCAUAUUUUCUUUUUUUCUUUUCUCGUUUUUCUUUCUCUUAGUCUCUGCCUUUGUCUUUCUCACGUUUCCGUCUCAUUCUUUCAGCCUCUCUCUGUCACUCUCAAACCUCUUUUUUUUAUUUGCCGUUUUGGGAAUCAAUCUAUCUAUCUAUCUAUCUAUCUAUCUAUCUAUCUAUGCCAGUCUAUCUAGCUAUGCCAGUCUACCUAUCUAUCUAUCUAUCUAUGUAUCUAUCUAUUUUCUAUACCCGUGCCAGAGCACAGAGAAAUUUUGCGUUGAUUACGUUGAACGGAUUUUCUUUCUCUUUUUCCAUUGUUUCUUUUCUUUUAUUUUCCUUCUUUUUUUUUUUUGGGCUUUUCUCUCUUUGCCUCUAUUUAUCAUUAUUUCUCCAGCUUUCUAUUAUCUCUUUUUCUCUCUAUCUUUUAUUAGUUGCCUUUCCUUUCCAUUCUCUGUCCUUUGCUGUUUCUUUUUUCUUUCUCUUUCAUUUUAUCUCUUUUUAUUUCUUGCUCUUUCUUUCACUCGUUUUUUUUUAUUUUCCAUUUUUUUCUCUUUUUCUGUGUUUCCCUUUCUUUUUUUAUUUCUCUCUUUAUCUCUUUCAUUCUUAUUUUUAAAUUCAAUUACUAUUUCUUUUUUAUCUUUCUUUUUUCACACUGUCUUUGUCUUUCGCUAG